CGGAGAUUGAGAAAUAGGUGGGCUGAAUUAUCUUGGCCAUAGUGUACGGAACGGCGCGCGAUUCGCGAGCGCUAUGACGCUCGAAGGGCUUGGAACGGCGAUGGCGGCAAGGGCUUAGUUCGAGCUAGCUGGCGAGCGGCGGCCAAGGCGGCAGCUGGGAUUUCGAGGGAGAUGGAGAUGCGGCGCUCCGAUAGCAGCGGAACCGAUGAUGAUUUGCCACCAUCGCUUGCUGUGCCAAGAGCAAGUAACUCUAGAGCACUGGCUGGAAAUGGCAAAGCUGGAGCAGCGAAUGGAGGGAAGGGCAUCGACCACUUGAUACGAACACUAGAACAAGAUGCGUACACCGCUGUUCUUCGUGCCUUUGGAGCACAGUCGGAGAACAUCAGCUGGGCCAAAGAGCGUCUUAUCUCCGACUUGCGGAAGGAACUCAGAGUUACUGACGCGCAACAUCGCGACCUUCUUGCUAAAGUGGCUGGUGAUGAUUCUCUACGUCAAAUAAGGGAUUUGAAGCAGUCUGGAAACGAUCAAGCCAUUCCCUCGGGCGCUAAUGCGACGGCCAGUGCUCCGCAACAGUUACAUUCUUCUCAACUUGUCCCGCAAUCUCGGAAGAAGCAAAAGACUGGCGCUGUUUCUCACCAGGUAGCGAUGCCUCCUGCUCCACCCCCGCCGCAGCCACCUCCUCCGGCGCCAGCUCCAGUUCCUAAAUCUAUGUCCAAGAAAGGUGGAGCAGCUCCGACAAGAGGCAAGAGCAAAGGGAGCUCGGACAAGAUCUCUAGUCAAGGAAGAGGUCCUUCGCAAGGUAAGAAGAGGGAUGCGCUAGAGGAUCGAUGGGUGGGCCAGUUUAUAAAAAUGCGCUGGCCAGAUGAUAACAAUUUCUACGAGGCCUUCGUCCGAGAUUUUCACAAGGAAGAUGGGACCCAUACUUUGGUGUACGAUAUGGGUACCGAGAAGGAAAGUUCUGAGCGGGUAGACCUCUCCAAGAUGGCCCCAGAGGAUAUACAGUCCAAUGGCAAACAUCAACCCGGAAAGAAAAACUCGUCUGCAGACAAGCAUCAGGGAUCCAAGAAACGAAUAGAGAAGGCCAGUGUGAGCUUCCAGCAUAAAUCGAAAGGAGAGCGUAAAUACAAACUUCCAUCCGUAGAUUCGUUGAUAAAGCAAGUUCAAGAGCUGGAACACGACGCCGACCCUACUAAAAUCGAACACGCCAAACGACUAGCGAAAGAGCACGAGGAGUCAUUGCGAAGGGCACUGGAAGAAGUUGGAGAAACUUCGGACGAGGAGAGCGGCGACGAUAGGCAAAGGAACGAGAGCGGCAGGAAGAACAUGAGCAUGGCCGUCAACAGUGACGACGACAAUGACCCCAACGGAGAUAACCACAGGGAUUGAUUCUUGUGAAUACGUCACGGUCAGGUUUUAGGAGGCUACGAGGUUUCAGGUUUCUAGUAUAUUGCUGACUUCAACAUUGAUUGGCUGAAGUUUACACGGAUCGAAGUGUGCUCCAACUAUGACUCUCUCUCUCUCUCUUUUUCCCUCGGUGAAAACAUGCAGUCGACGAUUUCAAAGAAAGAUUAUUCGGAUGCUUC